AUGAAGGAAGACAAGGACACGGUGAAGAAAACUCUUUUACGACGUCGUAGUGAUCCAACUUCGAGCCAUAUUGGCACACUUGAUGCGGUUGUAGCAGCUGAAUUACCAUGGGGUUCGUUAAAAGUUGUCACUACAACUGGCGUUGAUUUUGCAUCUCCACCAGGUCAUUUCGCUGUCAAGUCAUUAUUGCAAGAAUUAUUCAUUGUUUUCGAUCGUCGAAUUCAAUCUAUCGAAGAUGGCGAUAUCGUAAGUGAACGUAACAUUAAUAAAGCACUUCAAAUUGGAGAAGAUACAUACGUAGAAAAUCUUCUACGAGUCUUGAAUACGCUUUGUGAACAUUGCUUACCUUCUGUUCUGGCAACAUUAGUCAGUUGGUAUGAAAAACAGUUGGACCGUUUCAAAGAAUUGAGUGAAAAAACCGCAAAAUCAGAUGAACAGCGUUUAGCAAUCAAUUAUCUCUUCUGCAUCGUAUUAAUUGAAGUUUUACCACAGUUACACUUUUUCCCUACCAUCUGCGAUAAUUCCGUCUCAUACAUUGUGGCUUUGGCAUUUGACGAAGUUGCAUAUCGUGAUAUUGCAACGUAUGGUUCAAAUUAUAACAAUUAUUUGCUGGUAGCCGAACGUUAUGCUGAAGUCCUUGGUGUUUUAUCACAAACGCAUGCUGUUCUAAUACAGCGUACAUUUCUUAGUACAUUAGAUGAACUGCGAAAAGAGAAUCCAAUGACUCCAUUUGGUAUGAAUUGCAUAAUCGCUUUGCUGAUGGCUAUGAAAUUUUACAGAAUAAAGACCAAUGACAUCAUUGAAUUUGAAAUUGGUGUACGUUUCUUAGAUGAACUUGGACAGUAUUAUUUGGAUGUAAAACAAAAAGAUAUCAAGCAUGCAAUCGCUGGAUUACUGGUUGAGAUUCUUCUUCCAGUUGCAGCACAAAUCAAAACAGAAGCGAAUAUACCCGCAGUAAUAUCAUUUGUUGAUAAACUUUAUGCGCCUACAUUUGAAUUGGUUAAUAAGAAACGCGACAAAAUGGCAGCAUAUCCGUUGCUGACAUGCUUACUUUGUAUUAGUCAGAGUAAAUUUUUCUUGAUGAAUUGGGCACAAUUUCUUAAUUCUACAUUAGCUAGCCUGAAAAAUAAAGAUCCAAAAGUUUCGAGAGUUGCACUGGAAUCGUUAUAUCGGCUUCUCUGGGUAUAUGUGAUACGAAAUAAUUGUGAGGGUAAUACGACCACGCGAAAUAGACUGGAAUCAAUUUGUAAUUCGUUAUUUCCGAAAGGAAACCGAGCUAUUGUACCACGUGAUGCACCGCUGAAUAUUUUCGUUAAAAUUAUUCAUUUUAUAGCACAGCAAAAGCUUGAUUUUGCUUUCAGGGAAAUCAUAUUUGAUUUGUUGGGUUGCAAUAGGGCGCACAGUGUACUGAAGAGUUCAAUCUAUCCGGAACGUAUGAAUAUCGGAAUACGAGCCUUAAUGGUCAUAGCAAAUAGUUUGCAACAGAAAGAAGGACCACCUGAUAUGCCACGUUCAAUGACUUUAAGUUCUUCCCAAAGGUUGAAGAAAACAUACAUUUCUCGCCCUCUUACAGCAGAAAUUGCUCGUUCAAUAGGCAUUGAGCUAUACUAUGCACCAUGUAGACGAGCUUUUGAUUCGAUUCUACGAUCGUUGGAUUCACAGGUUGGGAAGCCGUUAAUGAUGACUGCCGCACAUACGCGAGGGAAAGAACCGGAAGAGCUGUUAACUGGUGACGUGAGACCUAAGUUGGAUCUAUAUCGUACGUGUAUUGCAGCAAUUCCUCGCCUUCUUCCUGAAUCAAUGAGUCAUUCGGAGCUUGUCGAAUUGUUAGUACGAAUGAAUGUGCAUAUCGACGAAGAAUUGCGAGUACAUGCAGCACAAACGUUGCAGGCACUUAUGAGUGAAUGUGCGGAAUGGCGUGAAGAUAUUGUUCAUUCCUUUCUUAAUUAUAUGACAACUCAAUUUUCUGACACAUAUCCGCUUCUACUUGAUUCAUUAUUACGACUUCUACAUCAGUUAUUAUUUACGUGGAAAACAGCUGCAUAUAUGGAAAAGAAACGUGAAAUGAGUGGUAGCUCCGAGCGAGAUAGCGGUUUUAUCAAUCCUCUGAGAAUGCAGAUUUCUCCGAUGCUAACAAAUUCGAUUGCUAUCGCAUUGCAUGCAGUAGAAGGUUUUGCACUUGCAAUGAUGUGUCAGUAUAGGACACAGUCCAGAAAAAUUUCGAUAAAUAUUUUGAAAGAGGUACGACAUUUACUAACACUUGUAGCAUCACAACAACAUGAUACACCUGUAAUUGAAGUAUUGGAUAGUGCAACAUCUUAUGUGAUUAAUAAAUACAUCGAGCAUGUUCCGCUAUAUGAAAGGCAAUCAUGGAAUCAUGACUUUUCAUCGGCUUCGGAUAAAAUUGCAUCAAUUGAAACUGAUAGCUGUUUGGUGAAUAGUGAUAGAGGUAAUGAAUAUUUUCGAUGGGAUCCAUGGGCUUCUGCACUUUCUGGUUAUUGCGAACAUCGUUUUCUCUUAACGCAAUGUCCAACAGCAGUUUUUCAUGCUUGGCCUGUGGUACAGGCUCGUUUAAGUGCAUGCAGUAGUUUUGUGGAUCCCAAUAAUCCACAAAAUGAAAAUCGAGCAUCUCUGUUGCGGUCAUCAAAAAGCAAAGCAACAGCUUCACCAUUAUGUGGUGAAUCACUUGGUCAAGAUAGCUAUUUAUCAUUAUGGCAGAAGUAUCUUGUAAUGGCUUGUGCAUUAGCACCACCACAUACUGAUUAUACAGCUACACAUAGUCGAGGAUUUUCACCUACUUCAUCGAUAGACAAUGAUGUAUUUCGUUCUUUGGCAUCAUCCGUUCGUGUUCCACGACCAUCCGCUGCUGUGAAUGCUACAUUCUUCCAAAAAGUUGUAACUAUGUUACGUUGGGAUCAUAUGACUGAUAUGCGUGAUAGUGUCGUUUUGGGUAUUGGAUCAACAAAUCCUCUUUCAUUUGAAGCGCUUCUUGAUGAGAUGAAAGGACUUCUGAGAGAAGUAAUGGAUCGAAAGAACGAUAAUAAUGCUCGAAGGAAGAAACGGAAGGACUUGUUGCGACUGCAAAUAAUCCGUAUACUUCAAGUUGCAACAUUUCGGGGUGUACUGCAAUGUUCUGGUUGCAUUGAUGUUGAAAGCGGACUUUGUUCUGUUCUUGUCGAUUUCUUGGAUUCAAUGCGGCAGAAUUUAGAAUCUGAUCAGGAUCGUGAUAUGUUAUUAUUAACGAAUUUGCGACUGCAUUUUGCAAAAACAAUGGCAAUGAUUAUUAACAGUAUUACACCAGAAAAAAGGCGAAAUUUGUUGGGAAAUAAUUUGAAACAGAAUUUAUUUUUCUUAUUUACUUCAUGGUGUAGUAGAAGUAUUGCAUCCGAUAAAAGACACGAUGGUAACGUUGGAACAUACGUAGAGCAAAGAGCUGUUGAAGCAAUGUGUGCUUUAUUAUGUUGCGGGCCAAUAUUUGAACCGAUUAAAUCUAUUGGAGAAGAUGGUUAUUUAUAUGGAUGGCUGGAAGCUUUGCUUGAUUCCAGUAAUCCGGUGCUUGAAAAACUAUUUGAAUCUACGUUGAGUAUAAUGCUUGAUUUAAAUGACGAAACAUCGCAGCUUCUCGAAUGGACAAUUAACGUUUGUUAUUCUAAACCUGCUUAUGUUGCAGCAAAAAGCUUUCGUUCAUUGGUUAUGCUUUUCUCACGAAGAGAAUAUCCUUGUGAGUUCGAUUCAUUAUUUGUUCUCUGUCAAAUGUUAGCAGGCGAUAGUGAUACACGUGUUUCUGAACUAGCAGUACAGCUUCUUCAUCUUUUGCGACGACAGUUUCUGGAUGAUUCAUUGACCAUACCAAAUCUAACAAAUUUGCAUAAUUUUUCAUCGAAUCAAAUUGAAGUUUGUCGUUUGCUAGCAAAAACAUAUCCCAAAAUAACGAUGUCCGUUUUUUCAGAAGUUUGUUCUCGUGUUGAAAAUGCUAAGUGCAACAGAAAGACUGCUAUAUUAUCGCUGCUUUCCGCAUGGUUGGAAAAUGUUCAACUUGUAGAUCCUCAAGAAGAGAAUGCCACAGAUGAAAGUAAUGGAGUAAAACCAGGAUGGGGUUCAACUGAAGCAACUCAACUGAUCCUUAACAAUCUUCUUUAUUUAACAGCAACAUUAUCUGAUAAGCAUGUGAAAGAAAUUUCAUUGCUAUGGAAUACAUUAGCUAUAUCACAUCCAGCAAAUUUAUCAAUAAUUAUAAAUUACCUAUUUGUGAUGGCUUCCUUAUCUCCUGAUAUAUUAUUGCCAUACACAAAACGUGUAUGCUGCUUGUUAAUGGAUUCAAAUGCGCAUAAUUUGCUCAAAAUUUUAAUGAACGACAUGGAUUGUAUAAAUGAGCAAUUCAAAGCAAAUUUGGAACGAUGUGAAAUGCCACCAUUUUAUCGUUUUCAAAAUACUUUGGAAACAGCACAUGAAAAGCAUGCAGUAGCAAAAAUGAAAGAAACUACUUCUUGUACUGCAGAAGUGGAUUCAACUAGUCCAUUGAAGAUCAACGCAUCAGAUGAAGACACUGUUAGUAUUAUUCAUGAUUUACCAAUGCCAGCUUAUGGAGGACAUUACUCAAAGCUGUCGUCUUUUUUGCCAGCCACUACUCAACCAGUAUUGUUAUUUACAAAAAGUAGUGUGGCAUUACUUCAUGUAACAGAUUUAUUGCGAUGCUCUUCAUCAGAAGAAUGGUGUGAUCAUAUACCAUUGUUGUUACAUAUUGCUGUCCUAGGACUGGAUUCAUUACGACCACUGAUAUGUCAUCAUUCACGACAACUUAUCAUUAAUAUUAUUUUAUUGCAAUCUGGUGAAAUCGUUUCUGCUUCACAGCUAUCGAAUAUUUUACUUACUAAUCAGAUAAAUUGGGGCGAUCAAGCAAGUAUCACAUCGAGUGCUGAUGAUAGUCGUACUGAUAGUGUUGCACGUGGUGAAACACCUACUUUUUCAAAAAUGAAAUGUAAUGAAUACCAACAAAUGCUGCUAGGCAAUAAUGGUUUAUUUAGUACAACAUCCGAUCUAAUUCAAGCAUUCAUAUGUUGCUUAUCUGAUAAAAUGGAUAAACCUCUUUGGGCUAACGAAGAUGUGACACCACGACAAUGGCGAAUUGAAAGUGCAGCACAGCUCGAAUGUAUGGUACGUCAUCUAGCUGAACUACUGAUUGAAGCAAUUCCAAAUUUAGCAUUACGUUGGUCACAGCUAUCAAUGGGAAUGGCAUUAUCAACUUCAAAUCGUCAUAUUGCUGGUCGUUGUUUCCAGAUUAAUUCUGCUCUUUGUCAGUCAUUAUCAUCAUGGAUUCCGAAUAUUUUGUCACGUUUAGCAGAAACAAUUGGUGAGCCACAUGAAGAGACACAAUCCUAUAUAACAGAUAUAAUGCUUUGUCUUCAAAUAGCUGUCUCUCAUUUAAUUUUAAUACCUCAUGCACCAAAUAUUGUCCAAUGUCCUACUCAUACACGUUCUACAUCCUAUACACCAGCUGUACUGCAUCAAAUUUCAAAUGCAGCUCUUUCAACUGUGUUAUCACCAACUCGUGAACGAAAAGAUAUGCGACAUUCAGUUUUGGUAACCAAUGACCGUGAAGUGCCGACAGGUUUAAGUCGAAGUAAAAGUGCAACAGCUUUGAAAACUAUGGAUGUUGGUGCUGGAGAAGAAAAUUUCUCAACACUUUGUCAGUUAUUCUUAAUUGCUGUUGCGAUGCUUGAAUCAAAUUUUGAUAACGAAUAUCUUCUUGCAUUGCAUUUAUUGGAUAAGGUGUUCGAUACAGCAGCUUCAGAUAAGGCAUUAUGCUUGCAACGUCUGUCAAAAACAGUUUCACAGUUAGACUGGAAAAAUUAUAGUGGUAUUGCUGGCUUAAUCGUAAAAGGUGCAACGAUACAAUCAGGUUACGAAUUAUCUCUAUCAUUGCUACUGAAAUGUCUGGAAGUAAUAGAUGAACCAGCAAUGGGACCAUGCAGUCUGAUACCUUUACUGAUUACUUCAUCUAUGCCAUUACUUUUGCUUAAUUUUGAAACACCUACACCACUUUGCUUAUUGAUUACCAGGAAGUUAACUGAGUUUCUUUCGGAACGGAUAACAGAAACAGAAGAGCAAUCAGUUGAUAAUCCACUUUCCCAUUUAUCAUCUAUGAUGUACAAAUACUCCGAACGUUGUUUUCCACGUGAUCGUUUCCAGUGGGCAAAAUGUGUAUUCAAAUAUAUGUAUGAUGGCUUAACACCUGAUCAUACUCAGCUAUUCGUCCUUCUUGCUGAAAUGUUGGAAAGAAGUAUAACAUCAUUACAUACUUAUAUACUUUCUUGUUUACAUUUAUUGGCUGGUAAUGCUGAUUUAUCACGUUGUUCACCGUUAUCUUUAAAUGCUCAGGUUAUACGAGUUGUAUCAAAGCAUCUACAGGGUCCAAAUUGGAAGGAUGCUUCAAAAAUUUUGAAAUGUUUUGUACAAUAUGAUAGUGUCGCUAUUGAUGGUCAUAUAUCAGAUGGACCAGAAUCAGAUGAAGUUGCUCGACCGGAAGGACUUCAAUUGGAAGUUCCACUACGUGGUUGCUUUAUACCUUCAACUUUACAUAAAAGUACUCCAGAAACAGCAUCAUUACGAAAACAUACUACAUGUAACCAGAUAAAAGUACGAGAACGUUUGAUCAGUUUACUGAAUGCUUCCGGACUUCGUGUUGGUUUACCAAAAAGUGCUUCGGUAAUUUUUUCACAAUCAUUGCAUGAUAUCUCUUAUGAACCACCAAAUUCAAAUUCCACUUCAACAGAACGAAUCUCACCAUCAUAUGUUGGUGAUGCUGAAUCAGCAUCAUCAUUAGCAGUGGAUCAAUCUGUUACCAGUUCUUUUCCUCGUGUAUUCCGUGAAUUUGAUUUCUUGGAAGCGGAACAUGAUACUGUAUCAGAAUCAACAGAAUCAUGUUUUAACUGGCUUUCAACAAUACGACCACAUUCUAUCAGUAAAGUUGGCAUUGAUGUUGAGGAGCAGUAUCAGGAUGAUGAAUGUACCGAAAUUGCUGGUGAUCAACGUCCAUCAUCAGCAGCUUCUGAUUCACUCGAAGUAUCAAGUGAAAGGACACCACUUGAAUCAGGAAUUCGUAGUGAAAGUGUUUCCGAAGAAGAAAGUUGUGAAGAAGAAUUAGAUGAAUUUGCUAUCGAUGACGAAAAGCUUCGAAUGGCAGAUAUGUCAUCAUUAGCCGAAUCUAUUCGAUGUAGUCAUUCGGUAGCAUCGGUAGAAAAUGUACCACUGAAACGACCUCCUCUAUUUCUACAAUGUAAUCAUCAUGCUUCAACUCAAGGUGAGCAUCAAUGGCUUUCAAGUUUUGUGGAUUUGAGUGCUGAUGAAAGUGGUGAUUUGACGGCUCAUGCAACUUUACUUUUUACCCAGCUCUAUCGAGAAUGUUGUUUGAAAUUAUCUGGUAUAUUACGAGAUGCAUCACAAGUACUUUCCACAUCUCAUCAUGAAAUUUCUGUUCAAUUCAGUGAAGCAUUGGAUCUUGUUCUUAAAAUUUUCGACUGUCCAUUUCUGUUUGUUACAGCUCAACAUUUACGUAACAUUGAAAUGUUAUCACAGCAGAAAUGUUUAUUACUAGAAUUACAUGAACAUUAUGAGAUAUUUGUGGAACGAAAAGAACAAUGUAUUCGGGCUUUAAAUGCGAUAAAAGCAACAAUGAAAUUAGCCUUAAUUGGUGGUCCAUCAUUAUCAGCGAUUACUUCAAAUCAAUAUUUAGAAUUAUGUCGAUCGGUGCAUAAAUUAUUCUUCCAGCUACUUCAAAUUACGGAUAAAUUUGAUGAAAUGGUGAAAAGUAUAGUUAAUGCAUCUGAUGUUCAGAAUGCUGAUAUAUCAGCUGAAGUAUUAUGUUUGCAUAGAUGUUUACUAGCAAGUAUUCCGGAUUCGGUACACGGUUUAGAAAAUGGUAUAUCAAAUGCAACAAUUGAAUCAAAUACGGAUGCAUUAUUAAUGUUAAUGCAAAAGAAACAAUACAGGAAUGCUUUACAUUUGCUACGGCAACUCAGACAACAAUUUGGUGCAGAAUAUGGUUGUUGUGAUCAGGUUGAUGUUGAAGUAUUACUACUGAUAUAUUGUCGUAACUAUCAGAAUUCUUGUUGGGCUAUUUUGGGAAGUGAUAAAGCAUUAACACUUAGUUGUAAUCAAUUAAGACAGAGUAAUAUGCAAAUGUCAACUAUUGUUCGUGCAAUUGCGCCUGAAGCGCUUAAUUUACGAUCAUCUCGUGUUUCCAGUGCUUCUGAAUCGUACAGAUCUUGA